GUGUCCAAUAAGAUACUCCAAGGAGUUGGCGGCAGCCAAUGUCCGACAGCCGGUGCCCAACACACAGAAUAAACACAGACGGAUUCUCGCAGCCAAAAGACCGCGCACUGACGGUGCUUUUCGUCCCAUUGUUUGAGACGUACCGACGUGCGGCUGGCCUCAUAUAGCGCUGUAGGGUAAGCCAAAAUGGGGAAGGAUCCAAAGAAGCCGAGGGGCAAAAUGUCCUCAUAUGCCUACUUUGUGCAGACAUGCCGGGAGGAGCAUAAGAAGAAACACCCUGAUGCCAGUGUCAACUUCUCAGAGUUCUCCAAGAAAUGCUCUGAGCGAUGGAAGACAAUGUCACCAAAAGAGAAAGGCAAGUUUGAAGACAUGGCCAAGCAAGACAAGUUGCGUUAUGAGCGGGAAAUGAAGAAUUACGUGCCUCCCAAGGGCCAGAAGAAGAAGCGAUUCAAGGACCCCAAUGCCCCCAAGAGACCACCGUCUGCAUUUUUCCUCUUCUGUGCAGAUUUUCGCCCAAAAAUAAAAAGUGAAAAUCCAGGCCUUUCCAUUGGGGACACAGCAAAGAAGUUGGGAGAGAUGUGGAAUAGCUCAUCUGCGGAAGAAAAGCAGCCAUAUGAGAAGAAGGCUGCCAAGUUGAAGGAGAAAUAUGACAAGGAUAUUGUUGCUUACCGCACAAAGGGAAAAGUGGAUUCAGGACCAGCUGCUGCAGCUGAUGAUGAUGAUGAUGACAAUGAAGAAGAAGAAGAGGAAGGAGAAGAAGAAGAGGAAGAUGAGGAUGAUGAUGAUGAGUAGCUCACUUGGGGAUGGGACCUGCAGUUUUGUUUAUGCCAUAUAUCCUUAUAUCUCAAUUCACCAUCUUGAAAAACCGAAGUCAGAUUGACCAAGAUCAUGUGUAUAUUUGAUGUUUUUAAGAUGUACAGUGUUAUUCUCCUUUUCUUUUUCUUUUGUUUUUUUUGUAAAGUCAACACUACAUAUCUUACGUUUGGAAUUUUCUAGUGGUAGUACUUUACCCCUGCCAUAUUAUGUAACAGUCUAGGAGGACUACAAAUAAGUAUGAAAGUAACUAGUCUUUAGGUGUUCCAACUCAAAAAUGAGAUUUCUGAGUUGCUAGUGUAUUUUUGUUUAUUUUGAAAAAUAUUUUUUUAUGUGCUGUCCCAAUGUCUUUUUAUUGUUCUUUGAAUACCACUCUAAUAUCAAAUGCAGCUGUCGACAUUCAAGAAUGUCUUCAAUAAAGGUCGUUUUUUUUUUUUU